ACAUAGUCCCCGCCCCGGAAGUGCUCGCUAGCCGCUACCCGGAAGCAGAGGUGGCCUGGCGGCGGCGGCGGUCCCAGGAUGGCGGGGACGGCGCUCAAACGACUGAUGGCCGAGUAUAAGCAGCUCACCCUGAACCCACCGGAGGGAAUCGUGGCAGGCCCUGUGAACGAGGAGAACUUCUUCGAGUGGGAGGCCCUGAUCAUGGGCCCAGAGGACACUUGCUUCGAGUUUGGCGUUUUCCCCGCCGUCCUGAGCUUCCCCCUGGACUACCCGCUGAGCCCCCCCCGGAUGCGUUUCACCUGCGAGAUGUUCCACCCCAAUAUCUACCCCGACGGCCGCGUCUGCAUCUCCAUCCUGCACGCGCCGGGUGACGACCCCAUGGGGUACGAGAGCAGCGCCGAGCGCUGGAGCCCCGUGCAGAGUGUGGAGAAGAUCCUGCUGUCCGUGGUCAGCAUGCUGGCAGAGCCCAAUGACGAGAGCGGCGCCAACGUGGACGCCUCCAAGCUGUGGCGGGACGACCGGGAGCAGUUCUGCAGGGUGGCUCGGCGGCUGGCGCAGAAGUCGCUGGGGCUGUGACUCCUGCCCACCCGGAUACCCUGCCUGCCCAGGGGGCCUGUCGCCAGGCCUGUCACCCCCCCCCCCACGCCGCCGGCGCUGGGCUUUGGAAUAAACCCUUUGAGCACGA